UAUGGAAUAAGUGAAACCUUACAAGCGAAAUUUAAAAAAAAAAUGUAAAAAAAAGUUUGCAUUAAGACACUCAGAAUGGGCGAGAACAUAAAUUUGGUCCGUGCUCUUAUCAACUGUGCAGAGAAGGCGGCAAACAUCGCACGACUGUGUCGCUCCAACGAAGAACUUCUGGCGCUCCUGGUUCAGGAGAAAACUGGAGCUGAGGCAAAUGAACGUUUUGAGCAUGAUUUCAAGACGCUGGCAGAUGUGCUUAUACAGGAAACUAUCAAGCAUGAGGUGGGCGAGCUGUUUCCAGCCAUGCGUGAUGCCAUUCAAGGUGAAGAAUCGCCGAAUUUCACCAACAAGCUGGGUGACAAAGUAACCAUUGUUGUGGGAGACACUGAAGAUGAAACUUCAGCCUGUCUGGGCGCUGUACUCGGUGACCACAAAGCAGCUGCCAACGCGCUCGCUGCUGGGGUGCAUCAGAAGGUCGUCUACCACAACGACAAACUAGGCGACAUCCCCGAAUUACCAGCUGAUAUUGACUAUAGUAAUUUAGGCAUUUGGAUUGAUCCCAUUGAUGCCACUGCUGAGUACAUUUCUGGAGACACUAUAUUCACAAACUUUCCUGGCAUUACGUCCACGGGCUUAGACUGUGUUACAGUGCUAAUUGGUGUCUACGAACGUGACUCCGGAAUACCAGUUAUGGGUGUAGUCGCACAGCCUUUUGGCAACAAGCUGGAGGAGCUUGUUUACAGUUCUUCGUUGUAUUGGGGUAUCUGCUUGCCUACAGUGCAGGCUCACAACUGCAACUUUGGGCCACGCGAGGACCAAAGGCGUGGCCAAAUUGGCAUUUUCUCUAGCUCGGAGGAUUCAAAAAUACUGCAACGCUUCCUCGAUCUUAAAUACGAGUUGGCCUUCUCCGCGGGCGCUGGUCACAAAGCGCUUAAGGUUAUCUCCAACGACGCGAACGUUUACAUGCUAAGCAAAGGAUCAACAUUCAGAUGGGACACCUGCGCACCGCAAGCAAUUCUACGUGCUUUAGGUGGCGAUGUCCUUGAUUACGCUACUAGCGUCGCAGAGCAGCGUGCUGUGCCAAUAAAGUAUCUCGCACCCGACGCAAAUCAAAUGGUGUCGGACUCCGACUGGAAACGCAAUGCGAAUGGCUUAAUAGCCGUGCGAGAUUUUGAAACGUUAAAGGAACUUCUCCCCAAGCUGAAGGCGGACUAAAUGUUGUUAUGUUAUUGCUGUUGUACCUUAUUGAUGUUUGUAUCAAAUAAAAAAGAUCUCACCAACUCAUUUGAA